GAAAAGGACAAGAUCGUUCUGGUUACCCAUGGUAUCAAAAUAACUAACAGCUUCAAUUCAAUAGCGUUUAUGACAGAACCGGUUGCAACAGUACAUCUUGAAAACUGUUGAUGGGUGUAUUUCUGUAACCAGGUAAAAUCCACCCGUAGCAAUAUAUUCGAUCAUGAGCACUAAGGUUUUACAACCGAGAACUUGUGGCCAGACGACAACUGACUGCCAGAUAAACAUGAUACUGAAAAGUUAAAUAGAACAUCAUAGUAUGGAUGACAUUGACUUUGAUUCCCCCAAUGUGGGGAUCAGUGACACUCACAUUGAUCCAUGGGACUUGAUUCGCAAAGGACUUUCCGAGGAAUUGGACGACGAUCAGAGUCUUUUACAAGAAGUCUGCCAACGCGCAGUUCAGGACCUGGGGCCUGUAUUUUCGCAAGUUCAGAACGGUGACGGUUUUUUCACUGCCCUUGUAAACAACUUGAGUGACGACAAAGGGUUACUUCUUGACUAUUUAAUAGCUUUAGUAGAUAUUGUAAAUUUACAUAGACGCCAGGGAACUGAACCAUUCAAAGAUGUUUUACUGCAAUAUAAAAACCAGUUAACAAAAUACAAAGAAGACUGUGCCAAGAUCUCCAAAUCUAAGGAUGAGGAAUUCAUAGGAAGAACCGAGGAUCUAAAACAUAUAGAGGAAAAUCUGAAAGGAGACAAAUAUCAAGGAGUGGCAAUCUGUGGAAUGGGUGGGAUAGGAAAAACAAGUCUGGCCACUGAGGUCUGUUACAGACUGCAGCAUGCAAGAGAGAAAUGGCACGUCAAGACCAUUGACAUGAGAGAGAAGGAAGAUUUGGUGGACUUACUGCGAGAUCUAGUUGCAGCAGUGGGACAGGAAUGUAACAGUGCAGAAGUACAAGAUCUGUACUCAGAAUUAAUCACAGGACUGAGAGGAUUGAAAGCCAGGACAAUUUUCUUCAUGGAUAAUUUGGAUGAUAUGAUGAAAAGCAAUCAAAGAAAGACCCAGUUGCUAAACUUUUUGGAAAGAUUUAGUUUGGAUACAAAAUCACUAGAUACAAAGGUUCGAAUAUUGCUAACAGUGAGACAAAAAUUAGUAACUGAGGAGAAACUGAACAUGACAUUUAUCAGAAAGAUAUCUAGAAGUGCUGAAAGACUUGGUCAAUUGUAUGAGGUAGAACUACAAAGGCUAAAUCAACAUUAUGGUGUUUUACUGUUUAAAGCUUGUUGUAGAAGACCAUUUACGGCUUCCCCUGAAAAUGAGGUCUGUCGAAAGAUUGUAGAUCUAUGUGGAGGAAGUCCUUUGGCCAUUAAAUCAGUUGGGGCAGCAAUCAGAAGUGGGAGGGUUAACCCUGAAAUGCUGGCUAAAAAGCUCGAAAAGGAUUUUCCUGGGCUGAAAAUGGAAAGUAGAUGUCUCACCCAAACAUUUGAAACCUUAGAUAAACAGAAACAAGAUAUUAUGGUAAAGUUGCAUGUGUUUGGAACAGCUAAGUUUGAUUUGUCCUCUGCAGCUAUUGUGUUAGGUGAGGACACCUUGAGUUAUGAAGACACAAUUAUUGCCGAAACCAAUGCCAAUUUGAUUUAUCUGAAGAGCCGCCAUUUUGUAGAGGUUGACGACUUGACUAAAAUGGAGAAUGAAGAUAUUGAAACUGGAUCAAAGAAUGUAAAAUUUUCUCUACAUCCACUAGUCCAUGAAUUUCUCACUCAAAUUGCAAAUGAUGAAAACUUUCAAGAGGCAGUAAAUGAGGCUAAAUAUUUGUUUAUUGAGUAUGUAGAGAAGAAAAACAGUGACAUUUUUGAGAAAUUUGAGAAAAAUUGUGUCAAGGCAUGGAAAGAUUUGAAAGACUUCAAGGUUCAUCUGAAAACAUAUUAUGACUUGAUCCAAAACACCACCCCUGAUUUUCUUAAAUUAAGGAAGAGUUCAAGGCCAAUAUUGGCUUGUAAAAGAAUAUCAGAAGUGGCAGAUCUAUUUCUUGAAGAUUAUGUUAAGUUUAGGCUGCUUGAAAAAUUCAUUGAGCAGUCAAAGUCUAGAGGGGAUUUCUUGGAAACUGCAUUAUGGCAGGUACACCUUGGAAGAAAGUUUUUUGAAAGUGACAGAAAUGAAAUAGGUGAAAAUAUUCUAAACUGCAUUUUAACAGAAACAUUACCAAGUUUUCACUUCGACAAUGGAAGUCUUAGUUCAUUUGUUGAAGUAGCAGGUGCAACUUUUUAUUUUGCUGGAAAGCUACGUCUCAAAGACAGAAAAUAUUCAGAGGCAUUAAUUUACUUUGAAAAUGCAAAACAACUUUGGGCUAACAAACUAGAGAAGACCAUGAGAAACAAAUACAGGAUUGAUCUAGCAUUGGUGUACAACUCUUUAGGGAAAGUGUAUGCAAAUCUAUCGCCACCAAAUCUAGACAAAUCAAAAUACAAUCACUUGAAGGCAUUUCAUAUUGCUGUAAAAAAGUGUACAAAUUUCAACAAUAUAGAUAUCCCUUUGUACAUUCACAACAUUGGGAGAUGUUUUUACAGAGAGGGUAUUGAGCUAGAGAAAAGAAACAGAAAAGAACAAGCCAAACAGUGCUAUAGAGAUGCCGAGAAUUAUUACAAAUAUGCCAUGAAACUGUUCAGACAGUUUAAAAUGGAAAAGUUUGACAGUUUUGCAGAAGUUCAGCGAUGUCUUGCUUUUGCAGAGAUGAAGUUGGGAGAGAUGGGAUUAGCGGAGGAUGACAUUGUGAAAGCUUACGAUUUGAGGAAGCUGGUUAUGUCUCCUCCCCAUGAAGCCAUUACCACAACAGUGCACGAUGUAGCCACCAUAAGGAUUGAAAGGGCCAUUUAUCUCUACUGGGAGUACUUUCAGAACAAAAGAGGAGACAAAUAUGAGCCUAUUAAUAAGCUCUAUGAGGCUAUUGCUGAUUAUGAGCAUGUGAUGCAUUUAACUAAACUUGGAGGUUUGCCUAUGGAUCAUCCAGAAUACCAACACAUAAAGAACAACCACAUCUGGACCCUGACACAGGUCAAAGAAACCAAGAAAAUAACAAAAGCUGUCCAGUUCUACAAGGACUUUGAGAGUGGCAAGUUUGAAGCCACUAGAAAAAAGAGGAGAAGCAAAAAAGAAACAACAAAAUUUUUUCACACAUAUGAUGAACUGCAAACCAUGCUCAAAGCAGGGGCUUUUGUGGGAGCUGAAGUUACUGCAACUUCAUCUUCAGAUGAUGAUUCUUCUAAUGAUAGUGAUGAUGAUCCUUCACAGCAUCAUCAGCUGCCUUUACCAAACAGAGGUGACGAAAAGACCCCAACUUUUAAUUUAAGAAAAACAAGACUGAACUUCAACUACGUGUUUCGGGAAUGUCCAAAGAAAGAACGAGAGCAGUAUGGCGAUUUGAGUGGUGAUGAUUAUUUCAUUGAGGAGGAUUUUCGAGAAGUUGAUUUUCUUGAGAGCUCAAAUUAUUUAGAGAAACUUAAGAAAGAUGCAGAGGAGAUGGAUGUUGAUUACAGUGACGAUGAAGAAGCUGAAGGGCAAAUUAGGAAUCUAGAAAGAAGGACUAGUGACUGUUCAAUAUCUUCGCAAAGCUCACUAGAGGAGGAUGAUAUUGAGGCAAGAAGGAAGAGAUUUGCUAGGAAAGGUUCAAGAGAAGGUUCUCUGCAAGACUUUCUGGAAGACAGACUCAGUGAAUCUAAGUCUGUCACAAAGGGACGAUUAUCCUCCACCUCCUCCACUUCUAUAGAUAUCAGCAUGGAUGAGGAUUCCUCAAAUGAUUGGGAGAGAAAUCCGGAACUGAUGAGACUGAGGAGAAAAGUAGACGAAUUCUUUGUAGCAAAAGAGAAGCAAGAACAAGACUCUAUCCAGCAAAAUGCGAAGCUGAGGAGGGCCAAGAUGCAGAGACAACCUACGAUCAACGAAGAGCCUUUGGAAUCAAUCCAGCCUUCAGAAGAAAAGAAAACUGCAAAGAAAAGAAGAUGAAAAUUUAAAUCUUAUGUUGGUUUGUAGCUCUACGAUGUUGUGAUUCUAGAGGAAAAGCAUAAGGAUUGUUCAAGCAGCGAUAUGUAAUUGAUGUCUAAACCCCAUGUUUUAGAGUGCCUAGUUUAGAUUUAGUUGAUUUUUAGCUCACCUCAACGAAGUUGGGGGAGCUUAUGUAAUACCCUCGGCGUCGGCGUCCCAGGUUAAGUUUUUUGGAGCAGUUUUCUUUUUAAGUACUUCUAUGUCCUUUAUUGAUUAGACAUGCAUGGAAGAUGGUUCUAGUGUGUUUCAUUGUACCAGUCAAAGUUUCAGAUGCUGCAAUUUCAGCAAAGGAAUGACCAGGUUAAUGUUUUUGGAGCAGGUUAACAUUUUUGGUGCAGUUUUUGGUGUUGGUUUCAUUUCCAAGUAACUAUAAGCCCUAUGUUGACCAAACUUGCAUGGAUGGUACAUCUAAGGAUGCAUACAACCGGGCUUGCUUCGGAUGCUGAAUCUGACCUACAUUUUCCGGUUGAGUGAACAGGUUAAAGUUUUUGGUGUAGGUUUCAUUUCCAAGUAACUAUAAGCCCUAUGUUGACCAAACUUGCAUGGAUGAUACAUCUAAGGAUGCAUACAACCGGGCUUGCUUCGGAUGCUGAAUCUGACCUACAUUUUACGGUUGAGUGAACAGGUUAAAGUUUUUGGUGUAGGUUUCAUUUCCAAGUAACUAUAAGCCCUAUGUUGACCAAACUUGCAUGGAUGAUACAUCUAAGGAUGCAUACUACCAGGCUUGCUUCGGAUCCUGAAUCUGACCUACAUAAUCCGGUUGAGUGAACAGGUUAAAGUUU